GAAAUGCACUCUCUCUACUUCUCUCUCUGUUCAGUGUGCCAAAAAGUACAAACAUUCCCACGUGAUGAUGGAAUCGCUCCCUUCUUGCCUCCCUCCCUCCCUCCAGGCGGGCUCGCGCGGACACACGCGCACAAGUUCACCGUAUACGCACACAUUCAAACAGGAACACCGAACCUCAGUCAGGACGAUUCGCCCAGUCAACUUUCCAGGCAUCACGCAUUACUACACACAGCUGCUGCAGAGGUGGAUAUCAGACACACAGAGUAUCUUCGCUGGCUGCUGAUUUCACGGGGGGAGAGCGGAGCGUGCUGUUUUUUUUUCUUCAAUCGGAAUAUGAGUGCAUGAAACUUUUAAGGAACUUUUCCACGCAGUAAGACCGUGCCAACGUAACACCAAAAGAUGCCGGAGAGAAUAAGCAUUUCGGAUUUCGUCCAUCUGACAAAUGAGGAUUUGGCGUCGCCGGGGACAUCCACGUUUCAGUCCAAAAUGAGCGACUGUCGGAACACAGUUUCGGCUGUAGAGGAGUGCCUGGAGCUGGACCAGACAACUCUGCAGAGGAUGAAGAAGAUAAUCAAGGCUAUACACAGCUCUGGACUUGCCCACGUUGACAACAAGGAGCAGUACACAGAGGUCCUGGAGAACCUGGGGAACAGCCACUUGAUCCAGGACAACAACGAGGUAUCCACGGGCUUCCUGAACCUGGCCGUGUUCACCAGGGAGGUGACGGCACUCUUCAAGAACCUGGUGCAGAACCUCAACAACAUCAUGGCAUUCCCUCUGGAGAACGUCCUGAAGACAGAGACUAGGGAGGGAAGGCUGGAGCUGAAGAAACAGAUGGAGAAGAGUUGGAAGGAGUACGACACGAAGAUGGUGAAGCUGGAGAAGGAGAGGCGGGAGAAGGGCCGGCAGCCGGGGCUGAUCAGGACGGAGGGACCAGAAGGAGGAGAAGACAUGGAGAGGGAGAGGAGGGUCUUCCAGCUGCAGAUGUGUGAGUACCUUCUGAAGAUCCAAGAGCUGAAGGUCCGACAGGGCCCAGAUCUUCUCCAAAGCCUCAUAAAGUACUUCCAGGCUCAGCUCAGUUUCUUCCAGGAUGGUUUGAAAGCGGCAGAUAACCUAACUCCCUUCGUGGAGAAGCUGGCCACCUCGGUCCACGCGGUACGUCUGGAGCAGGACGAGGAGGUGCGGCAGCUGUCCCAACUCAGGGACUCUCUCAGACUGCUGCUGCAGGUGGACGGCAAAGAGGAGUACAUGAACAGGAAGAACUCUGGGAACGGCUACAGCAUUCACCAACCGCAGGGCAACAAGAAGUACGGCACGGAGAAGUCUGGCUUCCUGCUGAAGAAGAGCGAUGGCAUCAGGAAGGUGUGGCAGAAGAGGAAGUGUGGGGUGAAAUACGGCUGCCUCACCAUCUCCCACAGCACGAUCAACCGCCCGCCCGCUAAGCUGAACCUGCUGACCUGCCAGGUGCGGGCCAACCCCGAGGAGAGGAGGACCUUUGACCUGGUCACCCGCAAUCGUACGUACCAUUUCCAGGCAGAUGACGAGGAGGAGUGUUUGAUCUGGGUGUCAGUGCUGCAGAACAGCAAGGAGGAGGCCCUGAACACGGCGCUGGGCGGAGACCAGCUCCACCUACAGGACAGCGGGCUCCAGGAGCUGUCCCGCGCCGUCAUCGCCGAGCUCCACCACCUGCCCGGCAACGACGUCUGCGCCGACUGCGGAGCCCCAGAGCCCACAUGGCUCUCCACCAACCUGGGCAUCCUGACGUGCAUCGAGUGCUCUGGGAUCCACCGGGAGCUGGGGGUCCACUACUCCAGGAUCCAGUCGCUCACGCUGGACGUGCUCAGCACCUCCGAGCUCCUGUUGGCCGUCAGUAUUGGCAACACACGUUUCAAUGAGAUCAUGGAGGCGGGACUCCCCAAUGACUCUGUUAAGCCCCUCCCACAAAGUGACAUGAACGCCAGGAAGGAGUACAUCGUGGCGAAGUACGUGGACCGGCGCUACGUGGUACGGCGGGAGGACGGCGGCGAGCCCUGCCGGGCCUACGCCGCCGUCAGGGGCCGUGACAUCACUUCCCUUCUACAGCUGUACGCCGAGGGGGAGGACCUGGCCAAGCCCCUCAGGCUACCCGACGGACACAAGGACACCAGAGAGACGGCUCUCCAUCAUGCCGUGCUCAUGGAGGAGAAGAGCUCGCUGGCACUGGUGGACUUCCUCAUUCAGAACAGCAACUGUCUGGAGAAGAGGACAGCAGAGGGCAACACGGCUCUGCACUACAGUGUCCUGCAUCACAAGCCUGAGUCUCUCAAACUGCUGCUGAAGGGGAAAGCUGCCCUGCACACAGCAAACACAUCCGGAGAGACGGCCUUGGAUAUCGCACAGAGGCUGCAGCAGACGCAAUCCAUCGAGCUGUUGGAGUUAGCCAAAAGUGGGAAGUUUAACUCCCAGAUCCACGUGGAGUUCAUCUGGGAGAUCGAUUCGUCUCAGGACCUUUACGACAGCGAGGACGACCUGGAUGACAGGGCGAGCCCCAGGUUAUCCCGGAUCCAUCGCUCCUCCGCUCCCACUGGUGGCGCCGCGCCGUCGACGCGCUGGAGCGGCGUGAACGGCGGCAGCAGGCCGUGUCAGACCUACGAGAACGUGGACUACCAGUACAAGACCUCCAGCCCGAGCAGCAGCGCGCUCUCAGAGGUGUCCAUGCCCCCGCCGCUGCCCGUCAAAUCCAUCCAGAGAGGUCGCUCCGACCCCCAGCUCUCCUUCGCCCCCCCGGAGACGAGCCCCGGCCACAGCCCCAGACACUCGGUCUACCAGAACUCCCCGGCCAGAGCCAGCCCCCCCUCACCCGGCCACGACACCCAGGGGGGCCGCCCACCCAGGUCUCCCCAGGGUCAGAGUGUGGUGCUGCGGGGCCACAGGCAGACCAUGUCCUGGGAGGGCCAGUCGGUGUCUCAGAACCACAUCGGCCCCGUCAGCUCUGAGAAGACCACCUCGUACCGCCGGACCAGCAGCGGGUCGGGGGGACAGGGGAAGUGUGUCGCCACGCCGACCAGCUGCCCCACCGCCAGUGAGGAGCUGUACUGCAGCCUGUUGGGCAACGGCGCCCCCCCGACCCCGCCCGCCCAGACGCCGAGCGCGGCCCCGCCCACCGCCCAGAACCCCCCCACGCUGGUCACCAUACCGCCGCCACGGCAACGCAGGAACGCUAUGGUGUCUGGCAGCCGACCCCGGCAGAAGCGCGUCAAAGCCCUGGUGGACUGCCGGGCGGUGGGCUCGGAGCAGCUGGCCUUCUUCAAGGACGAGGUGAUCGUGGUCACGGCCACCGAGGACCCCCACUGGUCGGCCACAUCGACGGAGACUCGUCGCGAAGCGGCACCUUCCCCGUCAACUACGUGCACAAACACGGAGACUGAGGGGACCCCCCCCCGGGACCCCAGAUAUCUGCGCAUGAGCAAAUAGGAGAAGAACUGAAAGACCCCGGGAUGCUUCCUCAAAACGCCUGAAGCAGGAGAGUGUAAUUUCCCCCCCCCUCCCCCCCCCGAAAAAAGAGAACUCCAACACGUAUGCGACAGGAUGCUGGAGUUGGCUGAGGUGCCAAUGCGCUUUUUCCACGAGGAUGGAGAAACGAAGGCAACCCCAGAAACCGAGCUGGGCUUUGGCCGUAGUGGACAAUGAUCUACAGUCUUCUGCUGGCGACCCAGAGUAGUGGGUUUGACCCAGGCACCUCUCUACCUUAAGCCAUUUUCCUAACGUGUUUCCUGGGCUCACACAUUGUACCUUUGUUUUACAGUAGUAAAAAUACUAAUGGGCACCAGUGACGCGGUAUUUCCCCCCCCCGUCACAUGGUAUUCAUCACAGAAAUAACCCGGGAUUUGGUAGAACGUCAUUUGAACCGAUGUUGACACAAGCGUGUUUGCGAGCGGUGGAGCAGAAACCAAAAAUCUACGACCUGCACAUAAAAUAAACUGUAAACUCGGGGG